AUGGGGACCGUACAAGAUCCACUGAGAUCUACUAAGCUUUCAUUGGUCACAGCUGAAGAAUCUCCUAAACACCUGUGCAAGCAAGCGAGCAUAGAAAGCAGCAGUAAUGGAUAUCCUUUUACUGCCAGGACCAGCUGUCUGGAGGAUGCUUGCUGGAAGGUGAACUCUGGCAGAGAAACCAACGUUCCAAAGAGUGACGGGCAUUGUGAAUAUGACAUUAAGCAUCCAAACAUACUUUCUCCUGGGUCCUUCAGCUUUUCCAAAGAAGGCAGCAUGGCAGCUCCAGAACCAGUAGGUUACGCUAAGCAGGAGGGCUCCAGAGCCAGGGUCCAAACAUCAGUACCUGAAGCCCACCCCUCAGAGCAUGGUGAAGUUAAAGUGCCUCUUACCCAAGAGGCUAACCAAAAUAUUCCAAGCAGGUGGCGGACAAUCAUAGGCAGAGACGAUAAGCGGACUCAUCAAGACGCUGGGGUUCAAGCUGGCAGUGUGGAAAGCAGGUCAGCUUCUACCAGCCCAAGUAUCUUGACGGCAUUCUUGAAGGAGAACAUGUCUCCUGAGGCGAAACAAGACCAAGAUCAGUUGCACGUGAUUUACACGGGAGCCAGAGGGAAGAGCAACCUGAAAAUCAUUGGUGACUUGCAGCCACUCCAAACACCUUCCCCCAUUGGCAUCAUGCACAAGGUACGUGUUCAAAUACCACCUGCAAGAGAAAACCCUCUGGGAAGUCCUAAUGUUAGACUCAGGAGAAUCUCACAAACAUGCACGAUCCGAUCUGUGCAGCUUUGUUGGAUAAGGCAGCAAGGCUGCUCCUACCUUCUUCAAGUCCUACACCACGUCCUUGGUGAAAAAGAAGAAAGGGCCCAAGGCUUUGCUGCCGAGGCGAAAAUGCACCUGAAGCAGUCCAAGCGUGUCAGGGAUGUUGUGUGGGAUGAACAGGGCAUGACCUGGGAGGUUUAUGGAGCAUCCCUAGAUCCAGAAUCGUUGGGAAUCGCUAUCCAGAACCACUUGCAGAGGCAGAUCAGAGAGCAUGAAAAACUGAUCAAGGCUCAAAGCCCCCAGGCCCGUAAAUCCAUAUCUUCAGAUACAUCUUCAAACAAAAAAUUGAAAGGGAGGUCACACAGCGUUUUUCAGUCCAUGCUGCAGAAUUUCCGGCGCCCAAAUUGUUGCGUUCGUCCUGGGGCUUCUUCUGUGUUGGACUGAAAAAAAAA